AUGGUUAUCAUCUCCAUUACGUAUUUAUGCUACACAGACCUCGCGCUCGCUUUCCUCUGUUCAAAAUCUACAUCGAUCACUGCCACCAUCGUUACCUCGACUUCCGCCUUCCGUCGGCGCUGGUACCGCAUUGAAGAUCACCACUUUCUCCUUCGUUCACUUUUGUACCGUGCUCCAAAUUUUGAAGCCCUAGUUUUACCAAUUGAAAUUUUGAUUAGGAUUACUUGCCUUAAGUAUGAAUGUUUGAUUGCUCGACUAGGGGAUUCCCUCUUUGGUUACACUUCAUUCCUGGAAUCCAAUUUCGGACCACAAAUGUCCCUUACCAGAUAAAUUCAUCAUACAUUGCCUGGAAUGAAAUCCAAGAACAAUUUAUCUUAUUAGAAUUGCAAAGAUCGAACUACGCUAUUGUCUCUAAUCUUCGAACAUGGGAUGGUUCUUUGGGGUAGCGUGUUUGCAAGAGAUAUCAAAGCUUUUAUUCAGAAUUUGGUGCCAUAAUUGAGGUGAUUACCCAAUAUUUUUUUUUAUCAUGUGGGACACCAAUUAUUUCAAUUUUGUUUUUUAAGCUUGAUGCUUUUUGAGGAUGGAAAAUCUGAUUUUGAUUUGUUAGAAAGAAGGCUAUGGAAUAGGGAGAACCUAAAGUUCCUUCUGGCAGAUAGGUAAUGUGAAGUUGAUUUAAGGUAUUGUUUGGUACGAUGAAAUCGGAAAAGGAAUGGAAUGGUUCAUUCCAUUGUUUUGCUUAAUGGAAUGGACCAAUUCUAAAGGUAUAUGUUUCUCUUCUAUUUCAAUUUACCAAUUCUAGUACAACAUUGUAAAUCCUAGAAAUAGCAACAUUCUUUCAUUACUUGUUUAUUAUGGCAUCCUACUUUCAUUCCUUUCUAUUUACAACAUUGCAGAUUCAAGAAAUAGCUACAUACUUUCACUACAUGUUUAUUAUUGCAUCGCAAUUUUCAUUAAGGUUGAGCAUACCAAUGAAAUGAUGCAUUCCAUUAGCUUGCUUAUUGCAUUCCAAUCCAUGAUCAUUCCAUUCCAUCCACUUAAUCUCAUAUGUAUAGUAGUGUGAUAUUAAGAAAGCAACAAAUUGAAUUUUUAAUCCCCCUGCAGUUCAUCUGGGUCCACAGAUAUUGAUGCUACAUCAAGCAGGGGACAUACUACUAUGGACACCCCCUUUUGCCCGAUAAAAAUGGAAGUAAGUUUCUCAUACUUCCAUUUUCAAUUGGUAUAUGCUUCUAAUUGAUAUGAUUUAAUUUCGAUAAAUUUAAUAACUAAGUUUUUUUUUACAUGAAUAUGUUUUUAACUUUAUAUUACCAAAAACCAAUCAUAGUUUGAUGUUCUUUUUUCUCACAUUUGUACUAUUUUCUUUAACUGAUUUACUCACUUUAUAUUGUUAGAGGUGUUCCCUACAUAUCUGGAGUCUUGACCUGUGAAGACAUGGAUAAACUAUAUUUUAAUAAUUAGAGUAACUAUCACAUUUCCAAUUAUUAUCUUUUUAUUAUACGUAAACAAGUUGUAAAACAUUUUUUUUUUCUAGGCCUUGAAUCGUGCAGGUGGUAAAGCAUGGAAUAAGGGCUCUGAGGCAGCUUUGGCUAAUGUAAGUUUCAUUUGAAGAGUAAUAGAUUAAUAUUUUGCAAUACUAUUUCAUCAACAUUGUUCAAAGGAUAUUGAGAAUGCAAAGACAAUUAUUGUAGAAAAAUAAACUAUAAGAGUUAAAUCUUUUUUUUUGGGUU